AUGCAAAGCGGCUCCGCUCACAACACCCCCAUGACGAGCACCGCUCUUGUACGUGUCGCGGAACACACUCGACUGGAGUCUGGUCUUGACCACGUCAAACGGCGAGGUGAAAACGGCUCCACACAUGCCCCCAAGACCGCCGGCCACGAAAUGGACCCACGGCUGGACUUUUUGCGGCUCUUUCAACUGAUCUGCGGCCUCGUUCCGCACAGACGACGUCUCGUCGCUCGCAAGAUAUGCGUCACCACCGGCAGCGGAAGCCUGGGACUUUCUCUUGUUUCUACCUGGUCUUCCACCACCGUAUGGGGAAGUUGGUGCGAAAUCAAUGUGCUUUUGAGAGUCCAAUCUCACCAUGAAAGAUGGGAUGUUGACGAUCUGCUUACCAACGGCAAUGUGUCUUUGGGUGAUCAAGAUUCUGGCGUGGUGGAUGGACUUGGCAAGACCAAGCUUGAAAACUUGGGUUUGCAAUCUUCUCUCAAGGAAAUCCUCAAUCUUCAAGGACAAAACGUAAUCCAACUUCAUUCUGUCUUCUGGCAAGAUACCGACUCUGACCAAUCUUCUGAUCAAGGCGUUACCUUCGAAAAGUCUCUUAGGGUCCUUCUCGUCUCUGGUCAACAAGUCUCUGGCGGCUCUUCUGAUCUUGGACAAUUGGAAACCAAUUCUAUAGAUUUCGUGCUUGUUCUUCAAACCGUAUUCACCGGCGAGUUUAAGCUCGGCGUCCAAUCUAGCGGACUCUCUACCUACGUUCGUAUUCUAAUCGGUUCUUUGUCUUUUGGAGCCGCUCGCCACGGUGACGUCCGAGUGGUACUGUUUGAUGAUAGAGUCCACAUCCUCGAUGUUGAGCGGUCUCACAUCACCCAUCUGCUUGAUCUUGUUGGUGACCUCCUUGACCUGGUCGUCAGACAGGUUGAGGUUCAGCUGCUCGACUCUGCUCUUGAUAGCGUUCCAUCCCGUCAGUCUGUUGGCAAAGUGGAUGUAUCUGGAGAGUCCGAAAUCUUCAGGAUUCAAGAUCUCGUAGGUGGAUGGGUUGGCCAGGAUAGCCUUGGCGUGAAUACCGGCCUUGUGGGUGAAGGCGCAGAAACCGGUGAUUGGGUUGUUGAACGGAAUGUUCACCUGGACAAUGUCGGCCACCAAGUUCUCCAAGUCGCGGAUCUUGUGUAG